UCAUUGAAUUGCAAUAUUAUUAUGGUAUUUAGUAUCACAUCAACAUUAACAACAAUAUAUAAUCAAAAAAAAAAAACAAAACAUGAUUGCAGUCAUCGUUCAAAGCAUCACGCAUUUUAGCCAUCCAGAUUAAUUUUUCCACAUAUUUCGUCCAACAACAAAAUAUAAUAAUAAUAAUAAAAAUAAAAAAUCUAAAGACGCAAAUACAAACUUUAGUGUGUUGUUAUAUUAUUAUUAUUAUUAUUAAACCAGUGCCAACAUCCGCCAAAAUAUUUUUUUUUUCUUUCCAUCACUACGUAUUUGUUGGCCUGUUAUUUGUUCACCUUGACAAAGGAAAUUGAUAAUUUGAGAAAAUUCGGGUGUUUUUUUUCUACUGAAAUUUGUAUUGUUGAAUUUUUCAUGUGAAUGUAGAAUUAAUCCUGUUCAUUUCAUAUUUUUAUUUUAAAUAUAUAUAUUGUUAAUUAUCAUAAUCAUAAUUCAAUGUUUUAUCAUCAUUAUCAUCAUCAAAAAUGUUAUCAAUUACUUAUCUAUCAACGAUAUUCAUCAUUAUUAUUAAUCUGGUCAUUUUUAUUGCCAAUAUCGGUUGUCAAAUUAUAUUAGCACCCAGUCAGCUUCAUAUUGGUAAAAGGACAAAUAAAAUUUUUUGUUUACCUCGCAAACAAUGUUCUUUCACAGCCAAUGUUUCUUUUUCAUCUAAAAAAGAAUUCCAUAACAUUAUUCUUAAUAAAACAAUCGAUUUUAUGACAAAUGAUUAUAUCGGAGAAGCUGAAUUGAUGUUUUCAGGAAAAGAAAUCAAAAAAUAUCAUAAUGACUUGAAUCGUCCAAAAAGAAUCUAUAUGAAAAUUGAAUUAUCAACUAACGAGAUUCUUAAAGGUGUUUUCAAUCUUACCUAUGAUAGUCUUAUCUAUUUUCAAACUGAUAAACCAAUAUAUCGUCCAACUGAAACGGUUCGAUUUCGUGUACUUGAAACCGACAAAAGUUUAAGAUCCAAACCUGACAUGUGUAAUUUAACUAUAAAGAAUCAUCAAAAAAUUAAACUGGAUUUUACAAGCUUAUCAUUGAACGCUCCAUACUAUUUUGCUGAAUAUGAAUUUCAAUUGCCACAGAUUGCUAAAGAAGGAAUAUGGGAAGCAGAAUUGACCUGCAAUAAUGGUAAUGAUCGAUUAAAUUUUGAAAUCAAAAAUUACAUUGCACCAAUAAUGAGAAUCGAUGUACUUACACCAAACAUACAUUAUUGUUCAUCCAAACAAUUGGAUAUAAUAAUCAAUGCAACAUAUACGUAUGGAAAACCAGUGAAAGGUUUUCUUUAUUCAGAAAUAAUUUUAUCCAAAUCACUUGAACAAUUUAAAAUAUUUCAGACAGAAAAUUUAUGUCUUAAAAACGGUUCAAUUAGUUAUUCAAUAUCUAACAAUAAAAUGCCUUGUCGAAAUCGAUAUGAUUUGCCCGUGAAUUUGAUUGUACGAACAACUAUUACGGAUACAUCGACCAAUACGAAACAACAAGCCAGCAGUAAUAUUAUUUUAACAUCACGUCCUUAUAUGAUCUCAAAUACUCAUACAAUCACAUAUUAUAGACCUAAUUUUGCCAAUUUUAUUGUGCUUGAAGUGAAAAAUUUUAAUCAAGAACCAGUUUCAAAUGUACCUAUAAAUGUUAAAAUCAAUAACCGAUAUGGUUACGAAAUUAAAUCAUAUGAAAUUUCAAACGAAUCAACUUUAAAAACCGAUGCCAAUGGAUUGGCAAUUGUAACAUUCAGUUUAACCGAAUCGAUUGGCCGAUUAAGAGUGACAGCAACGACGAAUGAUACCAAAUAUGAUCAAGCAGAUCAAGCUUUUAUAGCUUUUAAUAUGAUUCCUUUUGACAAAAAUGAAAAUGCAGCCAUCUGGAUUGCGAAUAAGAAGCAAUUAUUUUACAGUGCUGGAGAUAAAUAUCAUAGCUCGAUAGAUUAUUCCAAACAUAUCGAACCGGGAAGUUUAUUUUGGAUUGCAUCAUCAAAAGGUUAUAUUUUUCAUCAUGAAAAAAUAACAUCGAAACAAAUCGAUUUUAACAUUACCAAUCAAAUGGCUCCUAGUGUUCGAAUUUUGGUUUUAGCAAUAACCAAUAAUGAAAAAGUGGUUUCAGAUUCCAUACUUAUUUAUGUUGAACAAAAAAAUUGUGGUGUUAAAAUUGAAUUGGAUUCAAAAGAAAAUACGACCAUUUUCGAACCAGGAACAGAAAUUAAAUUCAGAUUUGAAGGAAACGACAAUGAUAUAGUCGCAAUGAAUGCCGUUGACGAAUCGGUGUAUAUUUUGCGUAAUAAAAGUGUCAAAGCAAAAUUUCAAAAAAUUUUACAAUCACAUGAUAUCGGCAAUGGACCAGGUGGUGGAAAAAGUUCAUUACAUAUUAUAGAUACAGCUGGAUUCAAAAUUUUACAAAUGAACAAAGAAAAAUAUAGAAAUAAACGAUCGACGGAUGAAACUUGUCUUUUAUUCGAUCAUACAUGUUGCCGAAUGGCAUUGUUACGGACGAAGAAAUCAUGUUCUGAAAGAAGUAAAAUUAUCAAGAAAUAUGCUUUAAAACCUGAAUGUGUCACGUUCUUUGAUCAAUGUUGUCUUUGUAGAUGGGAUGAUGGUCUUCAAACUUCAUCAGUGAAUAGGCCAGAAACAUCAAAAUCACAACCAAGUUAUGAAUUGAAUCUGCCAAGACCUUAUGACAGACCAAUAGAACAGGAAAUAGAUGAGAAAAAUACAAGAUAUGAUUUUCGUGAUAGUUGGCUGUUUGAUUUGAUUUUAUUGAAUAAAAGUUUCCAAUCCCAUACAAAACAAGCACCACAUUCGAUAACAUCAUGGAUAAUAUCAAGUAUAUCAUUGUCGCAAAAAGAUGGAUUGUGUUUUGCAAAAGAUCAACGUAUAACGACCUAUAAACCUUUUUUCGUUCACGUAUCUAUGGCACAAUUUUUAAUUCUUAAUGAACAUACUGAAGUUAGCGCUACUAUAUUCAAUUAUUUGGAUGAAAACCUAAGGGUCAAAAUUCAUUUCUAUAAAAAUGAUGAAAUUUGUUCAGAAGCAUCGGAUAAAAUAGAGAAAUCUGAAAUUCUUUUAAACAUCAAAGCAAAAUCUUCUAUGACAAAAUCUUUUCCAAUCGUUCCGAUAAAAAUUGGAACGUUCACUAUAAAACUAAAAGCUUCGGCUUAUAUACGGAACAAAUAUAUUUCGGAUAUAAUAAUGAAAAAUAUUACAGUACGGUUUCCUGGCAAAGUUAUUGAAGAAGCUACAUCACUUGAUUUGGAUCCAGGUAAUCGAGCCAAACGAGAAACAACAAUUUUCACUGAAAAACCAACUAAUCGUAUCACAAGCAAAGUUUAUCCUGAAAAACAAUUGCAAAAAAUUGAUAUUUUAUUUCAAAAAAAUGUUGAAAAGAAAAAUCCAGAUGUCGAGAUUGUUCCUGGAACGAUGAGACAUAAAUUAUCAUUGAUCGGAUCGAAAUUCAAUCCAUCUAUUAAAUCGAUUGAAGAAUUGGAUCAUUUGAUAAAGAAGCCAAAAGGUUGUGGUGAACAGAAUAUGUACUUUAUGGCAUUUAAUUUGUAUACCAUGAAUUAUUUAAAGCAGAUGGGAAAACUAAAAGAAUCGACUGAAAUACGUGCCUUAAAUUAUUUAAAAAGAGCUUUGCGUCAAGAACUUAAUUUCCGAAAAGAAGAUGGUUCAUUUAGUGCAUUUGUCAAUCGAGAAUCAUCAAUUUGGUUAACGGCAUUUAUUUCAAAAGUUUUUUGCCAAUCUGGUACAUUGUUGAGAGAAUAUAUGGAUAAUGAAAUCAUUGUCAGCGCUAUAAAGUGGCUAUUAGAAAAACAAUCAUCAGAUGGUUCGUGGAAAGAAAUAUUUCCUAUACUCCACGAAAAAGCCUUAGGAGGAACUAAUCAAGGUUCACAUACAUUGACGGCUUAUAUAAUUAUCGCUUUAAAUGAAUGCCAAAAAUAUCUAAGAAAAAUUGAUGUUCCUCAUGAUUUGAAUUUGAAUGAAAAAAUUUUAUUGGCCCAAGAAUAUUUGCACAAAAAAUUUAAAUUUUUUGAUGAAAAUUCUUAUUCACUCUCAAUCAUAACAUAUUCUCUCAUAUCCAGACAAAGCAUACAUGAUAAAACGAACGAAUUAAUUGUAAAAUUAAUGAAUCACGAUGAUAAGAAACGAGAUAACAAAUCUAAUCAUUUUUAUUACAAUAAUGAUUACAGCAUCGAAACAACAUCGUAUGUCUUGCUAUCUUUAGCCGAAUAUAUUCCGAAAGAUGAAUUGACCGAUAGCCUGGCUAAUUUUCUUACAUUGCAACAAAAAGAUGGAGCAUUCGAUAACACACAGGAUACUAUAGUUGCUUUGGAAGCAUUGGCCAGCUAUUAUUCAAAGAUUCAGUCCCAUAUAAAUGAUUAUAAAUUGAUGUCAAAUAUUUCAUUCAAUUAUCGACCAAAAAGAUCGAUCGAAUUCACUGAAGAAAACAAUGAUUUAUUGCAUAUCAUUGAUGUUGAGAAAAAUACCGACAAUGUUGAUAUAGUUACGUUGGGCAAUGGACUUGGAAAAAUUGAAUUAUUGACAACCUAUAAUGUUUUGAAUCCUAAUGAUAAAUGUCAUUUUGAAUUGAGUAUCCGUUUGUCCAAUGUCCGUAACCAACAUCGUAAAGAAAUUUCCAACUAUGAUGGAGAUCUUUUCUUCGACGUACCUGUGACGAAUGUAAUGCAAGAGCAAGGAAUAAUAAUAACAUCAAAUUAUAAUGAAAAACAUCAAGUUUCUAGCAAUAUUUGUGAUCAUGAUUUUAAUCAUAAAAUUAGGACAAGAUCUAUUUGGACAAAUAUGAGAAAUAGAUUUCGACCACAAAAUAUUACGAAUCCAACGCAAAAUAUAAACGAAAAACAAACGGCCAAAGAAAAUUCAGAUGAAUGUUCAGCUAGUUUUGAUGCGCCACCAAAUCUUGGCAUAGAGAAUCCAAUCAUUCGUAUCAUAAAUGUUAGUUUUAGACGUUUGAAUGAUGAUGAAAACGGUAUGGUUAUAUUGGAAGUCGGUCUUCUUAGUGGUUAUAAAGUCAUACGUUCCGAUCUUGAUAAGCUUCUGGAGAAAAAGAAUAUAUUGAAUUAUAAUAGUGCUGAUUCGAAAAUAGAGUUCUAUUUGAAAAAUGUACCUUAUGCCAAACGUGAAAGUAUAUGCUUUCGUAUUUAUCAACAAAACAUUGUUUUAGAAUCACAAGGAGCAUUGGUCAGCAUUUAUGACUAUUACCAAAAAGAUUCUAGUUGUUCAAAAUUGUAUAACGAUACUAAUAUAAACGAUGAAGAUUUGGAAUUUGAGAUUCAUGAUUGUAAUGGAAUUUUACCGUUAAAAAUUUGUAGUUGUAAAAUACUUAAGGUAUGUCCAGGCAAAUUGGGUGAAGGAUUAGAAGAAUCAUACCAUAAAAAUAGUCUUGAAGCAUUAAAAAGUUAUAAAAAAUUGGUUUGUAAACAUUUUUCUGCCAUCAUAGAAGGUAUUGUUGAAAAAAAAGAAAAUAAAACUCAACUUGGAAAAUUUCUUGUUCAUUUACAAGUGUUAAAAGUUAUUCAAACAGAUUUGGACGAACAAUUUCUUUACACUGAAGGUGAAAGAUGGCCAUUUUAUUUGGAUAAAAUAUGUAAUUUAUGUCGAAAAAAUGAACGAAUUUUGAUUCUAAUCAGAAAAGGAAAAAACGAUAACAAUGGAAUUCAAUUAAUUGAUGGCCAAAGUAUUUUAUAUGAAUCAACAAAUGAUGACCAUAAAGGCUUAUCAUGGUUAAAUGAUCUUAAUGCAAUGCUUGAAAAUGAACCAUGCUUUUGAUUGAUUAAUCAAAACAAUGAAUGUCGUUACGAAAACAGAAAAAUCACCAUUUCAUACAUAUCAUUUUUCA